AUGUUUACCUGGAACAAUAAGGAUUGCCUACGCCUUGUGCUUGGCGCUUGCCGCUGUCUGGGCGUGGCACCAGCUCAGCAAGAACAUUAUUAUAUAUACUUGAUCUGGAGACUGCUGCUGGUGGCUUGUGUGUGGGCAGCAAGUAUUACCAAACUGCGCACGGACAAUUUUGAAACAGAUUUGGCCAUCAAAGCGUUUCUGUAUCAGUCAGAGUUUCCCACAAACAUGAUCGUCACGCUCAUGUUAACGUUAAGCGUCUUUGGCAAGUCAGACUUUUAUAGCAAACUUUGGGAGCAGCUGCAGCAGGAGCCGCUAUUUGGUGUGGCAGAUUGGAGCACAAACAAGCUGUAUGCCAAACUGGGCGUAACUGCCUUGUGGGAGCUCUGCUUGGUGCUGAGCUUUCAUAUGUGCUGUGUGCUGGUGGAUCUUUGCUGGCUGGGCCUGGAACCGACACGUGCCUUGGCCAGCAAUGGCGCCAACAACUUGCCUGCCAUUAUGGUCAGCCUAAGCUUGUUGCAACUUGAUUUGGCGCUGCGUUUGCUCGGGCUGUUGCAUGCACAACGCAAUGAACUGCUGUUGGAUUUGUUUGAUAUGAAAACGGAGGUGGAGCACAAGUUGGAGCAGCUACGCAUGGCAAGCAAUGUGUUGAACAGCAUACAAGUGCAGCUGGUAAACAAAUUUGGAAUGCCGCUGCUGUUAAUCCUUUGGAACUCGCUGCUUAUUGUUUGCGAUGAGUCCUUCAAUGUGGGCAAAAUAUUAGAGCGAAAAAUGUUCAAUGAGUGGCAAUUAUUUAUUUAUCGUGGGCUUUGGCUGCUUAUGCAUGCUACGCGUAUUUAUCUUAUACUCAAUGCCAACAAACGCAUAACAGAGCAGAAAUGCCAGCAAUGUCUGCUGCUAAACAAACUACAGCUUAACGACAAGGCGCCGUUGGAACGCACUGUGAAUCGCUUUCUGCUGCAGCUACAACUAAACGAUAGCCAUUCCUUGCUCGCCUGUGGCGUUGUGGAGCUGGAUACGCUGGCAUUGGGUGGCCUUAUCAAUGCUUGGAUGGCCAUUAUUAUAUUCCUAGUACAAAUCGAUUUGGGCAGACAGUCGCUAAUGGAACUAAGACAGGUCCUAAAGCGCUUCGUGGCUUGGAUGCGUUGCAAGCUCCGUAGUCUUGCAGCUGUGCUAUAUUAUUUGUUGAAGCUGCUGGCUAAACGCUUUGUGGACAUAACUGCACAAGCUGGUGCGGAGACGAAUCUGUUGGCCAUACGCCUAACAGUUAAUGCACGUUUGCAUUUUGUCGAGCGUUUGCUUUGGCUCUUUUUGUUGCUGGCCAGCGUUUACUCGGCCUUUAUGCUCAGCGAACUGCAGCUGGCGCGCUAUUUAAAAUCUCCCACGGUCAUCUCUGUGGAUCGAGAUUAUCGCGGCUGGAAUGGCUCUUUGCCAGCGGUCACUCUAUGUUAUUAUGAUCACAUUGAUUCGUUCAAGGCCAACGAGCUUAUACAGGAAAUGUGGAAUGUAUCCAUUAUAGAUGAGGAUUACUUCUACAUCAUGGACUUUCUCUAUGCCAUCGUCAAUGCCACCGCCAGCAAUUAUGCAGAGCUCACUAAGUUCGCCAGCGAUGAGCGCUUCGAUCAAAUUGAUAUCUAUGAGAUUAUUCAGUUAAUCAAUCGUCCUUUUGAGCAAGUGAUUACCAGCUUUGAUGCAAAUUUUCACGUUCAUGUGCAAAUGGUAAUGACGGAACGAGGUUCCUGCUACGCCAUCAACUCACCCAUGUCAGCCGUACUGGGCAAAGAACCUGUGCGAUAUGAAGACUUGCCUGAGCCCCUAACUUGUCAAUAUGGCAAGCAACAGUGCUUUAUACGCAUGGAUCUCUUCGAGAGCACAGGCGUGCUGGAUGUGCAUUCGCCCUAUGAAGUCUCAGCAACUGAAGCUAACAUUGUAGCGAUGCACAAGUCUGAUGAGAUAACGGCCUCCUUCAAAGUGCUGGAGACAGUCGCCUCAAAGGAUCUGCGAGAUUUAAGUGUACAGCAGCGCAAAUGCGUUUUCAACAAUGAGGAAACGUCAAAUCUAAAGAUUUAUAGCAAAUCCCUGUGUCUGGCGCGCUGUCGUGCUGUCAUGGCUUUAGAAAUGUGCAACUGUGUGCCAUUCUUUUAUCCAUUUGUGCAAGGACCCAGCUGUAAUCCUGCAGGCUUCGAAUGUCUGCUGGAUUUCAAAUGGCCCAUUUGGGCGUUGCACAUUUGCAAAUGUCCAUCAACCUGCACAGAGAUUGAAUAUACUAUGCAGACUGUGAAGAAAAGCUCCUGGGGCAUUAAGAAUAUAGAGGAAGCGGCUAGCGAAACGGCCACAUCCAGCUUUCGUUGGGAUUUAAUACCGCCUAAGGUGCGUCUGCGACAUGAUUUGGUUUUCAGUUUUGAAGAUCUUAUGGUUUCAUUUGGCGGCGCGUUAGCCUUGUUUGUUGGUGUCAGUGUCAUGGGUCUCGUGCAAAUGGGCUAUGUUAUUGUUUAUAAUAUUUUGUUGGACUUUUUUAAAUUGCUUCAACUACUUUGUUCACUUUGCCGAGCACGCUGGCAGCGUAAGAAGCCGCCGACUCAAAAUGCUAAUCAGCUAUCAGGUAUUUCUCGCGCUGAAACUGCGGAAGUGCCAUUGUUUGAAUAUGUUAACUAA